UACGCUAGCUCCGUUUACCUAUCGUGUAGCUGACAGAAAGCCCAGCCUGGAGUUCCUCAGCGCUGAUGGUGAAUAGCCACUGCUGCCGUAACGGGCGGAGGAGAAGAAGCCGCAGAAGGAGUCAGCAGUGGCAAAGGAGUGAUAGUUCGGAGUUAGUCUUAUAGAUUUAGCAGUAUUACGUGUAUCAUCGGAUCCUUACAAACCCCAGAAGGGAAGGGAAGGGAAAAAUAAGGGAAGAUGGCGGCCGCGGCCUCGCCGGGCUCCGGCUCGUCCACCUCCUCAGACUGGAUUGUACUGAGAGACGGUUGCCUGCGUUGCGACGAGGUGGGCCUGCGAAGCCUUUCCUACCACCCGGCCCUCAACGCUAUCUUGGCCGUCACCAGCCGCGGCAGCAUCAAAGUAAUUGACGGCACUUCGGGGGCCAUUCUCCAGGCUUCAGCGUUGCAUGCUAAACCUGGCGGUCGUGUCAGGUGUCAGUACUUUCCCGCUGUGGACAAGGUGCUUUUUGUGGACGACUAUGCAGUUGGAUGCAGGAAGGACCUUAACGGCAUCCUGCUCCUGGACACCGCUCUCCAGCCUCCAGUGGCCAAGCCUGAGGAUAUGGUUCAGCUGGAGCUGCCGGUAACAGAGGCCCAGCAGAUGCUGUCGGCUUGUCAGGAAAAGAUUGAUGUGUCCAACACAGAAGGCUAUGAACUCUUUAUCACCCAGCUCAAAGAAGGCCUGAAGAAUACCUCACACGAGACUGCAGCCAAUCACAAAGUGGCCAAGUGGGCGACGGUGACCUUCCAUCUUCCCCACCAUGUGCUGAAGCUGGUGGCCAGCGCCAUCGUCAAUGAGCUGAAGAAGAUCAACCAGAACAUAGCUGCCUUGUCUGUGGCCUCAUCCAUCAUGGACAGGCUCUCCUACCUCUUGUCAAGCGCCAGGCCUGAGCUUGGGGUGGGCCCCGGGCGCUCUGUAGAUAGAUCUCUGAUGUACAGUGAGGCCAACAGGAGGGAGACAUUUACAUCGUGGCCACAUGCUGGGUACAGGUGGGCUCAGCCUGAUCCCAUGGCUCAGGCAGGGUUUUACCACCAGCCGGCCUCAACAGGGGACGACAGAGCCAUGUGUUUCACCUGCAGUGUGUGUCUGGUCUGUUGGGAACCUACAGAUGAGCCGUGGUCCGAACAUGAGCGGCAUUCUCCCAAUUGUCCGUUUGUGAAGGGUGAGCAUACGCAGAAUGUGCCGCUGUCAGUGACACUGGCAACCAGCCCUGCCCAGUUUCCCAACAGCCCUGACAGUUCGGACAAAAUCGUGUGCUACGGCUUUGGCAGCUGCCCACAGUUCCUGGCUGCUGCCACCAAGAGGGGCAAGAUCUGCAUCUGGGAUGUCUCCAAAAUGAUGAAGGUGCACUUGAAGUUUGACAUCAAUCCAUACGACCCGGCUAUCCUGAGGCAGCUGAUCCUGUGUGGUGGUGAGCAGAGCCAGCAGACACUGAUCGAGUCUCGGAGACCAACGCUGGCCUGGCUCGAGGAGUCAUCCUCCUGCUCUGACCUGCCAAAGCUAGAGGGAGACAGUGAUGACCAGUUGGAGGAUUCAGACAGUGAUGAGCAUUCCCGAUCAGAGUCAGUAACAGGCCAGCAGUCCCAGUGGGAGAGCAUGGAUGUGAGCCUUGGAGUGACAGCGCUGAGUGUGCUCCAGCAGCCAGAGAAGCUCCAAUGGGAGGUGGUGGCCAGUGUGCUGGAGGACACGGUCAAGGACCUGGAGGAGCUUGGAGCCAAUCCCUCACUAAACCAAGCCAAGGCCCACAGCCAGGCCAAAGCAAAGGACAAGGUCCCUGACCACCACAACAUUCCUUUCCCCUGCCUUCUGGCUGGAGGCCUGCUCAGCUACCGCUCAGCAUCCAGCACCCCAAUGGCUGGACCCCCGCCCACAGCCCCAGCUACAACACGCAGGACCACAGAUGGUCCCCUUAGGACUCAGGGCCCUGAGCCGUUCCACCCUGGACCUCUACAGGACCAGGGCCCCAUGGAGAUAGAGACCUGCAACCCCCAGACUGCAGCCCAGGAGCAGGGCUUCUCUAGCCUCGCAGGCUCCCAACCUCCAAGCCCCAGUUCUCUGCCAGCUAUGCGUAGGACUAUACCUGUGCUGCUGCUGUACAGUAUCAGAGAGGUGGAUGACAAGUCCUCAGGGCAGGUGUUUGCGCAAAUGAACAACUUAAUGAGCAAGGGCCUCCACGAGGAGGGCUUCACUGUGCCACAGAUUAUAGAGAUGGAGUUCGACACGCACGAGCAGCUUCUUCUUCAGGAUCCUCCCAUCACGUAUAUUCAGCAGUUUGCUGAUGCAGCAACUAAUCUGGCAGGGUUAGACGGCCACGCAGACAAAUGGAGCACACUGGGUACAGCAACGCUCUCCACCCCGCCUCGACCUGGAGCGCUGGUGCAGUGCUUGAGGCUGCCCAAACAGCUGGAAGACGAGAAUCUUUAUGUGGACUCGAUCACGCCCUGCUGGGACGGUGUGCAUCUUCUGGUCGGCCUACAGCCAUCUGGCGCUGAAUCUCUGAGCGCUACAAACCAAGUGGAGGCUCUCAACAAUCUCAACCGUCUGCACUCUGCUCUCUGCAGCCAGCGCAAAGGAGACCCCCUACACCCGGUGGCCAACGGGGUAGAAGGCCACCACCCAGGUGGAUCACCGCCUCUGACACCCCUCAUUCUGCCCCCAGGCGACCAACAGCAGAUACAACAGAGGUCCCCGAGUGGUGGGAAUGGAGGCUAUCUUGCACUCUACAAGCUCAACUACUCCACCCGAAUUGUCACCUUGGAGGAUGAACCUAUCAAAGUGCAGCAGAUCUGGGACCCUUGUGAUGCCAUCACCUCACUUAUAUUGCUUCCUCCAGAUGUGCUUGAUAGCAGAGAGGAUGACAGUGAAGAGGCUCCUGAGGAGGCUCUCCCCUCUGGGUCAAAAAAUGGUUCAUCUGGGUUUGGAACGGGCCCAGCAGGCUCUGCUGGCUCUGGUACUGGGACUGCAUGCGGAGCAGCCACAUCCAGCAGCAGUGCUGCAGUCACCAGUCCCUCCACCUCUGCCACCAGCCACAAAGAGUGCAAGCGGAUAGAGGUGGCAGGCCUGGGUCACCUGGUGGUGACCACACGGGCGGGGUACAUUAUGAUACUGGACCUGUCCACGUUGGAGGUCCUGGCCAAGGUGGAGCCACCUAAAAAGGAGGGGUCAGCAGAGGAGACGGACCCCUUUGUCUCAGUUACCUAUUGCUCUGGGACCGACCGCCUUUGUGCCUGUACCAAAGGUGGAGAACUUCAUUUCCUUCAAAUUGGAGGUGUGUGUGACGAUAUAGAUGAUGGAGACAUGUUUAUUGAUGGCCCCCUUUUUAAAGGGGCUGAACUGCUGCUUGAGGGGGCCAAGCCCUCCUCCAACCCCUCUAGCCCUGGGAUCACAGGAGUGGACCUCCUUGUGGACCAACCUCUGACCACAGAGAGCCUGAUGUCGCUGGUGGAGCUGACACGCUUCGAGACGUUGACCCCCCGCUUCUCGGCCACAGUGCCACCAUGCUGGGUGGAGGUGCAACAAGAGCAGCAGCAGCGACGCCACCCACAGCACCUUCACCAGCAGCACCAUGGAGAUGCAGCCCAACACACCCGCACAUGGAAGCUUCAGAGUGACAGCUCCAGCUGGGACGAGCAUGUAUUUGAGUUGGUGUUGCCCAAGGCCUGCAUGGUGGGCCACGUGGACUUCAAGUUUGUCCUGAAUGCCAACAUCGUCAACAUUCCUCAGAUCCAGGUCACUUUACUGAAGAACAAAGCACCCGGGCUGGGCAAAGUCAGCGAGACAGCGGUGGACAGACAGAUCUUGUUCCCUCUUUCUAACAUCCUCCAUGCCAACGGGGAGAGGAAUGGUCAGCCUCUGCUCCAUGACUUCACAGAGGACAUACAGUUUAUGGACAUAGAGGAGACAUCAGGCUCCAUGCUGUGUCCAUUCUUAGAAGACCACAAGGAGGACAUCCUGUGUGGUCCAGUGUGGCUGGCCAGUGGGCUGGACCUCUCUGGUCAUGCGGGCAUGCUCAGCCUCACCAGCCCCAAGCUGGUCAAAGGCAUGGCAGGAGGGAAGUACCGCUCCUUCCUGGUCCACAUCAAAGCAGUGAGCGACAGGGGCAUGGAGGAGAGUCCCCGGCCUGUGUUGAGAAUGCCCUGUGCAAAGCCCCAGGGCACCAAAGCCCACUCACUGUCUACCCUGCUGCAACGGGCUCAGGCCUCUAAGGAGAAGGUCUCUGCAGUGAAGACGGAGAGCCCAGCACCUUCGAAGAAAGUAGAAAACCUGCAAGGCUGUGACCUGCUGCAGGAAGUUUCAGUCACAAUCAGAAGGUUUAAGAAGACGUCAGUACCUAAAGAAAGGGUCCAAAGAUGUGCUAUGCUGCAGUUCUUAGACUUCCAUGAGAAGCUGCUGGACACGCUGUGUCAGAGGACAGAGGGCAGCUCGGCCACCGAGCACGCCCAAAGCCUCAUUCUAGACAUCUUGUGUUGGCUGGCUGGGGUUUUCUCCAACGGACCCUGCAGCUUAAGAGAAGGAAAGGAGGGCCUGCUGGUGAAAACCCGGACGCGGCUAACCGAUAUUGUGAGGAUGUGUUUCUUCGAGGCCGGCCGGAGCAUAGCGCACAAAUGUGCUCGCUUCCUUGCUCUUUGUAUUAGCAAUGGGAAGGGGGACCCAAGUCAACAGGGUUUUGGCGCAAGUCUUCUGAAGGCUCUGCUGGACAAUAUGCCUUACUUGCCUGCAGCAGCAACAGGUGGCUCAGUGUUCUGGUACUUUGUGUUGCUGAACUAUGUAAAGGAAGAGGACCUGGCGGGCUGCAGCACCUCCUGCGCCUCCCUGCUCACCGCCAUCUCUCGACAGCUGCAGGACCGCCUCACCCCACUGGAGGCACUGCUGCAGACAAGGUACGGCCUGUACAGCUCUCCCUUGGACCCGGUGCUCUUUGACCUUGAGGUCAGUGGUUCCUCCUGUAAGAAUGCCUUCAACAGCAGCAUCGGAGUCCAGUCAGAUGAGAUUGACCUCUCUGACAUUCUCUCAGGGAAUGGAAAAGUGAGCAGCUGUGCAGCAGCAGAGGGCAGCUUUACAGCGUUAACAGGACUCCUGGAGGUGGAGCCUUUGCACUUUACUUGUAUCUCCACUAGUGAUGGCACACGGGUGGAGCGAGAUGACGCCAGCAUGUUCACUGUGAGUACAUUUGGCGUGACGCCUGCGGUGGGCGGCCUGUCGACGGGAACGGUUGGUGAAGCUUCUACAGCUCUGAGCUCUGCUGCCCAGGUGGCACUUCAAUCACUGUCCCACGCCAUGGUGUCUGCGGAGCAGCAGCUUCAGGUCCUGCAGGAGAAACAACAGCAACUGCUGAAGCUGCAGCAGCAGAAGGCCAAGCUUGAGGCCAAGCUGCAUCAGACCACCUCUGCAGCCGCCGCCGCCUCAGGUGUGGGGCCCAUCCACAACUCUGUGCCUUCCAACCCCUCCUCCGCUCCGGGCUUCUUCAUUCACCCCUCUGAUGUCAUCCCUCCGACACCUAAGACCACGCCCCUCUUCAUGACCCCUCCUCUCACGCCGCCCAAUGAGGCGGUGUCGGUGGCCUUUAGCGCUGAGCUGGCUCACCUGUUCCCUGGCUCCAUGAUGGACCCUGGGCCUGUUAACCUGGCUGCACACAAGAACACACAGAAAGCCAAGCCGAGCCCCAUGGGCAGUGGUCUGGCGUUGGCCAUUUCCCAGGCAUCUCACUUCCUGCAACCUCCUCCACACCAGUCCAUCAUCAUAGAGCGGAUGCACUCUGGAGCUCGUCGCUUUGUAACGCUGGAUUUUGGCCGUCCCGUCCUGUUGACUGAUGCUCUUAUCCCGACCUGUGGCGACCUGGCCUCUCUGUCCAUAGACAUCUGGACACUGGGUGAAGAGGUGGAUGGACGCAGGCUGGUGGUGGCUACCGACAUCAGCACCCACUCCCUCAUUCUGCACGACCUGCUGCCACCACCUGUCUGCAGGUUCAUGAAGAUCACUGUGAUUGGGCGCUAUGGCAGCACCAAUGCUCGAGCAAAGAUCCCACUGGGCUUCUACUAUGGCCACACUUACAUCCUGCCGUGGGAAAGCGAACUUAAGUUGAUGCACGACCCUCUGCGGGGAGAGAGCGAGGCGGCCAGUCAGCCAGAUGUGGAUCAGCACCUGACCAUGAUGGUGGCGCUGCAGGAGGACAUCCAGUGCAGGUACAACCUAGCUUGCCAUCGGCUGGAGACCCUUCUGCAGAACAUAGACCUGCCGCCUCUCAACAGCGCUAACAAUGCCCAAUACUUCUUACGAAAACCAGACAAAGUGGUGGAGGAGGACCAGCGCGUUUUCUCAGCCUACCAGGACUGCAUCCAGCUGCAGCUGCAGCUUAACCUGGCUCACCACGCCGUCCAGCGGCUGCGCGUGUCACUGGGCGCCAGCCGCAAGUCGCUCCCUACAGCCGGGCCUCCAGAGUCCCUGGAGCUGGUCCACAGCUCCUCUACAGAGCAGCUGAGGACAAUCAUCCGCUACCUGCUGGACACGCUGCUCAGCCUGCUGCACUCCAACAACGGCCACUCUGUGCCCUCAGUGCUUCAGAGUACCUUCCAUGCCCAGGCCUGCGAGGAGCUCUUUAAACACCUUUGCAUCAGUGGAACACCUAAGAUCCGUCUUCACGCCGGCCUGUUAUUGGUGCAGCUCUGUGGAGGCGAGCGUUGGUGGGGCCAGUUCCUCUCCAACGUACUGCAGGAGCUCUACAACUCUGAGCAGCUGCUUAUCUUCCCUCAGGACAGGGUGUUCAUGCUCCUGUCCUGCAUUGGCCAAAGGUCCUUGAGUAACAGCGGUGUGUUGGAGGGCCUCCUUAACCUCCUGGACAGACUGCUGUCUCCACUGCAGCAGCCACAAGCUGCUGCCCAGCGCAGGACUGAAGGUGUUUUGGAUAUCCCCAUGAUCAGCUGGGUAGUGAUGUUGGUUUCCAGGCUGCUGGACUAUGUAGCCAGUAUAGAAGAUGAGGCCUCAGGUGGGAAGAAGCAUCUUGGAGGGAAAGAGCGGGAGAGAACUUUUACAGGUAUUCAGUGGAGCUUUAUAAAUAACAGCCUGCAGUCUCAGAACUCCAGCAGGUCAGCUAAAGGCAGCAGUAGCCUGGAUCGACUCUAUUCCCGCAAGAUUCGCAAGCAGCUUGUCCAUCACAAGCAGCAGUUAAAUCUAUUGAAAGCAAAACAGAAAGCUUUGGUGGAGCAGAUCGAGAAGGAGAAGAUCCAGAGCAACAAAGGCUCCUCCUACAAACUGCUGGUGGAACAGGCCAAGCUCAAACAAGCCACAUCCAAGUGUGAUCACUCACACCAAUGUGAAGGAUUACUGCAGGACACUGCGCUUACUUCAUCACACUUUAAAGACCUUAUCCGUCUGCGGCGGACGGCUGAAUGGCCCCGCUCCACGUUGGACACAGAAUCCACAACAGCCAAAGAAGCCCCAGAAGUAGAACCUCUGCCUUUUACGCUGUCCCAUGAGCGCUGCAUCUCUGUGGUGCAGAAGCUGGCCCUCUUCCUCCUUUCCAUGGACUUCACCUGCCACGCGGACCUGCUGCUCUUUGUUUGCAAGGUUCUUGCUAGGAUAGCCAACGCCACAAGACCCACAAUCCAUCUGUGUGAGGUGGUAUCUGAGCAGCAGCUGGAGCGUCUGCUGCUCCUGCUUGUGGGGACGGACUUUAACCGGGGGGAUAUCUCCUGGGGGGGCGCCUGGGCGCAGUAUUCCCUCACAUGUAUGCUACAGGAUAUCCUGGCAGGUGAACUGCUGUCUCCUGGCUCUCUGGAUGUGAUGGAUGAUGUGGCGGUGGGUGAGGAGGCUGGGGCAUCGUCCUCCUCAGCGGGGGCAGACUCGGACGACUCCCUGCCCCACCCGACACCUAUUCCUCUGGUAGAGAGCAUUGAUGAGGCCCUGGUGCCUGAUAUCAUCGCAGGUACUACAGGGACCUCCUCGGUAUUCCAAAGUGCUCCACCUCUAUCAUCUUUGGAAAAAGAUAAAGACAUAGACUUUGACUUGCUACAAGACCUGAUGGAUGUUGAUAUUGAUCCUUUAGAUAUUGAUUUGGAAAAAGAUCCACUUGCUGCCAAAGUGUUUAAGCCUAUAAGCAGCACCUGGUAUGACUACUGGGGUGCUGACUAUGGCACAUACGGGUACAACCCGUACAUUGGAGGGGUUGGUAUCCCAGUGUCCAAACCACCAGUUGCUGCUGAAAAGCCCGGCUCCCAGGGUCUGUCGGUCUCUGUGUCACAGGCACUGGAUGCCCGGCUAGAAGUGGGCUUGGAGCAGCAGGCUGAGCUGAUGCUCAAAAUGAUGGCAACUCUACAGGCUGACUCCAUUCUACAGGCGCUCACUUCAAGCUCAUCCACAGUGAGCCAGCCCUCCAACGGGACUGAUGACUCCCUGCUGAGGGCUCUCCAUGGAGGAGGCUCUCCUCCAGGCAGCAGCCUGAUGGUCCAGCCCUCGUCCAUCCCCAUGUUGAGUGCCUGCUUCAACAAGCUCUUCUCCAUGCUGCAGGUCCACCACGUACAGCUGGAGUCCCUGCUGCAGCUGUGGCUAACCCUGAGUCUCAACACUUGUUCCGGUGGCAGUGAGGAGAGCGGCUCAGACAUCUUCCUGUUCAACGCCAGCCGAGUGCCCACCAUCCCGCUCAACCAAGCAUCCAUCAGUAGUUUCCUGACAGUUCUGGCUUGGUACCCCAACACCUCCCUGAGAACGUGGUGUCUGGUGCUGCACUCUCUCACCCUGAUGACUAACAUGCCAGCCUGCGGCUCCAGCAACGGGAUGAGCUCUCAGGAAAGCACAGCACAGCAGAUGGUGUCUGACCCCACCCUGGUUCAUGUUCUGGUGCGCUUCCUGUCCGGCAGCAGCAGCAGCAACGGGACGAGCCAGCACAGCUCUCAGGUGGGACCCACCGCCACCCAGGCCAUGCACGAGUUUUUGAGCCGCCUGCAGGUCCAUCUGUCCUCCACCUGUCCGCAGAUGUUCAGCGAAUUCCUGCUCAAACUGAUGCACAUCCUGUCUACUGAGAGGGGGCCGUUCCAGUCAGGCCAGGGUCCGCUGGACGCCCAGGUGAAGCUGCUGGAGUGUACUCUUGAGCAGAACUUUGAGGUGGUGUCGGUGGCCACCAUCUCCUCCGUCAUCGAGUCCAUCACAUUCUUAGUUCACCACUACAUCACCUGCUCAGACAAACUCGUGUCCCGCAGUGGCUCCGACAGCUCUGUGGGCGCCCGGGCUUGUUUCGGGGGUCUGUUUGCCAACAUCAUCCGACCAGGAGAUGCUAAGGCGGUUUGUGGAGAGACGACCCGUGACCAGCUGAUGUUUGACCUCCUCAAGCUGGUCAACGUGCUGGUGCAGCUGCCUCUGUCUGGGGACAGGGAGUUUAGUGGACGGCUGCCUCCAGCCGGCAGUGGGGCGGCUGACAGCAGCGUGUCGGACGAGGAGAAGGUCUGUGGCAGCAAAGAAAGCGUGGCCGGUGGAUCCGGGUCCAGUCAGGGUCCUCCUGCAGGUGUAGCCGACCUGGUGUUGGCCAAUCAACAGAUUAUGAGCCAGAUCUUGUCAGCACUGGGCCAGUGCAACAGCAGUGCCAUGGCCAUGAUCAUAGGAGCCAGCGGUCUCCACUUGACUAAACAUGAGAACUUCCAUGGCGGUCUGGACGCCAUCUCAGUAGGUGACGGUCUCUUCACCAUCCUCACCACGCUCAGCAAGAGGGCCACCUCAGUGCAGGUCAUGUUACAGCCCAUCCUCACAUACAUGGCCUGUGGUUAUAUGGGCAGACAGGGGUCUCUUUCCACCUGUCAGCUGUCAGAGCCUCUGCUGUGGUUCAUCCUCCGAGUGUUGGACACCAGUGAGGCUCUUAAGGCCUUCCAUGACAUGGGUGGUGUGCAGUUGAUCUGUAACAACAUGGUGACCAGCACCCGGGCCAUUGUGAACACAGCACGCAGCAUGGUGUCCACCAUCAUGAAGUUCUUAGAUUCAGGUCCUGGAAAGGCAGCAGACGGCAACCUGAAAACCAGAGUGAUGACCUCAGAGCCAGACAACGCAGAGGGACUCCACAACUUUGCUCCUUUAGGGACCAUCACAUCCAGCAGUCCCACAGCGCAGCCUGCAGAGGUCCUCCUCCAAGCCACACCCCCCCACCGCCGGGCCCGCUCUGCAGCUUGGUCCUACAUCUUUUUGCCAGAGGAGGCCUGGUGUGACCUCACCAUCCACCUUCCUGCUGCUGUGCUGCUGAAAGAGCUCCACAUCCAGCCACACCUUGCCUCUCUAGCCACCUGCCCGUCCUCUGUUUCGGUGGAGAUCAGCGCUGAUGGGGUCAACAUGUUGCCACUCUCUACGCCAGUCAUCACCAGCGGCCUGACGUAUAUAAAGAUCCAGUUGGUGAAGGCUGAGGUUGCAUCGGCUGUUUGCCUGAGGCUACACCGGCCUCGUGAUGCCAGCACUCUGGGUCUGUCUCAGAUCAAACUCUUGGGACUGACUGCUUUUGGUAACACCUCCUCUGCAACUGUCAACAACCCAUUCCUGCCUUCUGAGGACCAGGUCUCUAAAACCAGCAUCGGGUGGCUACGUCUUCUCCACCAUUGCCUGACCCACGUCAGUGACCUGGAGGCCAUGAUGGCCAGUGCUGCAGCACCUACCGCCAACCUGCUGCAGACCUGCGCCGCGCUGCUCAUGUCACCUUACUGUGGCAUGCACUCGCCCAACAUUGAGGCUGUGCUGGUCAAGAUCGGCCUACAGUCCACUCGUAUCGGACUCAAACUCACUGACAUUCUGCUGAGGAACUGUGCUGCAUCUGGCACAGAUCCUGCCAAUUUGAACAGUCCUCUGCUGUUUGGGCGACUGAACGGCCUCUCCUCAGACUCCACCAUCGAUAUUCUGUACCAGCUGGGCACCACACAGGACUCUGGAACCAAAGACAGGAUCCAGGCUCUUCUCCAGUGGGUCCAUGACUCUUCGCGGGUGGCUGCCCACAAGAUGAGCGGCCCCAUGGGAUACGCUGGUGCCAGUGGUGGCUCUUCCUCUGCUUCAUUGAGGGAAUACGGCCUCCUCAUGCCUUCGCCCUCCCACCUCCACUGCGUGGCAGCCAUCCUGUGGCACAGCUAUGAGCUGCCUGUUGACUACGACCUGCCUGCACUGCUCAACAGAGAGCUCUUUGAGCUGCUGUACAACUGGUCCAUGUCGUUGCCGUGCAACAUUGUGCUGAAGAAGGCCGUGGACAGCCUGCUGUGUUCCAUGUGUCACAUCCACCCCAGCUACUUCUCCCUGCUCAUGUCCUGGAUGGGGAUCGUGUCAGUGCCUAGCGCCAGUCACUCUCAAGCCCAGCACCACCGCCUCUCCAUGACCGACGACGGCAAAAAGCAGCAUGACGCCAACACCAGCACUGCAGGACUUACAGAUGACUCCAAGCAUGCGAGACCCCCAGUUAAUCUGUCAGAGUCCCAGUUAACUACGCUGGCAGCAGCCUCCCAGUCUCCAGGAGCCAUAGAGCAACUGCUGGACUCAGGCUUACCCUCACUGCUGGUUCGUAGCCUGGCCCAGUUCUGCGUUGGUCUCCUGGCCAGUGCCGACCUUCCUCUGCCCGCUGCUCAGGCAGAAAGAAGACACCACCAUCACCACUAUCACUCACACAGUCGGCCGCCUCUGGCUGCAGAGCUGGCCGCUCCAGUGCUGCGCUUCCUGACUGAAGUGGGCAACAGUCAUGCCAUGAAAGACUGGUUGGGGGGACCAGAGGUCAACCCGCUGUGGACAGCACUGCUCUUCCUGCUGUGCCACUCCAGUGCCAGUGCCGGUGCCAAUGCAGGCUGUCAGCCUCUGGGCUCUGGAUCUGCCGCAUGUACCCCUCCAUCCCAGCCUCAGCCUUCAGGGUCACGCUUCUCCCUGGUGUCUUCUGGGCAGGCAGGAGGACUCACCACCCAGCAGAGGACAGCUCUGGAGAAUGCCACUGUGGCCUUCUUUCUCCAGUGUAUCUCCUGCCAUCCUAACAACCAGCGGCUCAUGGCACAGGUUCUCUGUGAGCUCUUCCAGUCUGCACCCCAGCGAAGCAACGUGCCGAUCUCUGGAAACAUCUCGGGCUUCAUUCGAAGGCUUUUCCUGCAGCUCAUGUUGGAGGACGAGAAGGUCACAGUCUUCCUACAGUCUCCCUGUCCGUUAUACAAAGGACGCAUCAAUGCCACCAGCCACAUGAUCCAACAUCCCAUGUAUGGAGCAGGGCACAAGUACCGCACCCUCCAUCUGCCCAUCUCCACUACGCUAGCUGAAGUCCUGGACCGGGUCUCUGACACACCCAGUAUUACAGCUAAGCUGAUCAAUGAGCAGAAAGAGGACAAGGAGAAGAAGAAUCAUGAGGAGAAGGAGAAGAUGAAAGCAGACAGCGGCUUCCAGGACAACUACAGUGUUGUUGUGGCCUCAGGCUUAAAGUCCCAGUCCAAGCGAGCCCUUUCAACCCCUCCUAGACCUCCAUCAAGGAGGGGUCGCGUGAUGAGCGACAAGUUGACUGCUUCGUCUGGUGUAGACCCCUCAGCCAAAACCAUCAGUGUACCGGUCUUCCACCUUUACCACAAGCUGCUUCCAGGUCAGCCCCUCCCACCUGAGAUGACCCUGGCCCAGCUCCUGACACUCCUGUAUGACCGCAAGCUGCCACAGGGCUACCAGUCCAUCAACCUGACUGUCAAACUGGGCUCCAAGGUCAUCUCUGACCCUGGCCUUUCUAAGACGGACUCCUUCAAGAGGCUACGCACUGAGAAAGGUCCUCUCUUUGCUCUCCUUGCAGUGGAUCACUGUGACUUGCUGAACAGCUGUCCAGAGGACGAACCAAUGACGGCCAGUGAAGAUUGUCUGGACGCUGCCACUGAUGAGUCCCUGCUGGAGACCAACCCCAUCCAGUCACCGCUGCAGGUCUUUGCAGGAAUGGGUGGCCUUGCCCUAAUCGCAGAGAGGCUGCCCAUGCUCUACCCUGAUGUCAUUCAGCAGGUCAGCGCCCCAGUGGUGGCCUCCGCCACACAGGAGAAGCCCAAGGACAACGACCAGUUUGAGUGGGUAACCAUCGAGCAGUCGGGCGAGCUGGUGUACGAGGCACCAGAGUCAAUCGCCGCCGAGCCACCACCAAUCAACAAGCAGCAGUCCCAGUCCUCCUCAUCAUCCUCAACCUCAGUGCAGACCAUGUCACCCAUCCCUGCCCAUUCACUGGCUGCUUUCGGCCUGUUCCUGCGCCUGCCAGGGUACGCAGAGGUGCUACUGAAGGAGAGGAAGCACGCCCAGUGUCUGCUGCGCCUGGUGCUGGGUGUCACCGACGAUGGAGAAGGCAGUCAUAUCCUCCAGUCUCCGUCAGCCAAUGUGUUGCCCACGCUGCCAUUCCACGUCCUGCGAGCGUUGUUCAGCAGCACUCCUCUGACCACUGAUGACGGUGUGCUGCUACGCCGCAUGGCUCUGGAGAUUGGUGCCAUCCACCUCAUCCUGGCCUGCCUGUCGGCUCUCAGCCACCACGCCCCCCGCAACCCCAACGCCAGCACCAGUGUGUCAGAGCCACAGAUAUCCAGUUGUCACGGUGGGGGGACCAGUGAGGAGCAGCAGUUGUACUGGGCUAAAGGGACUGGUUUUGGUACUGGAUCCACAGCCUCAGGCUGGGACGUGGAGCAGGCCCUAACCAAACAACGGCUAGAAGAGGAACACGUCACCUGUCUACUGCAGGUCUUGGCAAGCUACAUUAACCCAGCAGGCUCCAGCAGCUGCCACAGUGCUGAUGCAUCCUCAGCAGACAGCAGAGCCCACAACAGCUCAGCACUGCCAGCAGUGCUGCAGGAGCUACUGAGCCAGUCCUGCCUCAUCCCUGCCAUGUCCUCCUACCUACGCAACGACUCCGUUCUGGAUAUGGCACGCCAUGUGCCCCUAUAUCGGGCACUACUGGAGCUACUGAGGGCCAUUUCCACCUGCACGGCCCUAGUUCCUCUGCUGCUGCCUCUCUCCGGAGACCCAGGGCAGGACGAGGAGGAAGAGGAUGAAGAACAUUCUGAGGGACAGACCUCUGUUGGGAUGCUGCUGGCCAAGAUGAAGACCUGCGUGGACACAUACACCAAUCGCCUUAGGUCAAAGAAAGAUAAGAGUAAAGGUGUUGUGAAGACAGAUCCCUCAGAUCCAGAGCCUGAGGGUUUGACUCUGCUGGUUCCUGACAUCCAGAGGACAGCUGAGAUAGUCUACGCUGCUACUACCAGCCUACGGCAGGCCAACCAGGAGAGGAAGCUGGUGGAGUCCUCAAGGAAGGCAUCAAGUCGUCCCAAGCCCCUGUCCAUUCUACGCUCUCUAGAGGAAAAAUACGUAGCUGCCAUGAAGAAGCUGCAGUUUGACACCUUUGAAAUGGUCUCAGAGGACGAGGAUGGAAAAGUGAUGUUCAAAGUCAACUACCACUACAUGUCUCAGGUGAAGAAUGCUAGUGAUACAAACAGUGCAGCACGAUCCCGCCGCCUUGCCCAGGAGGCCGUCACCUUGUCCACCUCUUUGCCCUUGUCAUCCUCCUCCAGUGUCUUUGUCCGCUGUGAUGAGGAGAGGCUGGACAUCAUGAAGGUUCUCAUCACAGGCCCAGCAGACACCCCGUACGCCAACGGCUGCUUUGAGUUUGAUGUGUAUUUUCCCCAGGACUAUCCCAACUCACCUCCACUAGUCAACCUGGAGACCACCGGCGGACACAGUGUGCGCUUUAACCCUAACCUCUACAAUGAUGGCAAAGUAUGUUUAAGUAUCCUCAACACAUGGCAUGGGAGACCAGAGGAGAAAUGGAACCCACAGACCUCAAGCUUUUUACAGGUGCUAGUGUCUGUGCAGUCCCUCAUUCUGGUGGCUGAGCCCUACUUCAAUGAGCCAGGGUAUGAACGCUCCCGCGGGACCCCCAGUGGCACGCAGAGCUCUCGGGAAUACGAUGGGAACAUCCGGCAGGCCUCUGUCAAAUGGGCUAUGCUUGAGCAGAUGCGUAACCCCUCCCCAUGCUUCAAAGAGGUGAUCCACAAACACUUCUACCUGAAGCGAACAGAGAUUAUGUCUCAGUGUGAGGAGUGGAUUGCUGACAUCCAGCAGUACAGCAGCGACAAGAGAGUCGGCCGCACCAUGUCCCAUCAUGCUGCUGCACUAAAGAGACACACAGCUCAGCUCAGAGAGGAACUUCUGAAGCUCCCCUGCCCCGAAGGUCUGGAGCCCGACGGCGACGAGUUCUCAGAGAGGAGCACUGCCCUCAUCCUCAAAGAGCUGCCCAGUCAGGACGCAGAGAAGCCGUGUGGCAGUCAGGACAGCCACAGCAGCGAGGGCCAGCUAUGAGUCCCUGCCCCUCACCCCACUCCCCUCCCAGCAUCUCCACCCCUCCUCCUUAUGAUAAUUACUCUCAAAAAGACUUGAUGGCUUCAGAGCACAAGCCUCCACUUUGUCAAUAUUUGUAUGUAAAGAUCUAAUAGCAACAUAGCAGAGAACGAAGUGACGCGGGGAACCAGAACGCAAUGAGAUGAACUCUGAACUAUGCUACACCCUUAUUGAAAACAGUUGACAAAAACUUUUAUUUACCUGUAAAAGAGUGUAAACAUUUUGUGCUUUUUUCCAAUUGUGAAAUAACCACUGAUUGGUAUGUUAUUAAACUUGUUUAUGUAUACAUAAUGGCAGAGGAAAAUUACAGAUUAUAUAAGGGAAACUACCUUUAGAGAAGAAUGUUUACUGAAUGUUAAUUUCCUUUUUUUUUUGGACUGUUAGAGGGAGAACAGCUGUAACCAAGGAUAUAUUGGUCAUUCUUUAAGGAUACUAUUUAAAACAAUGAGAGAAAAAGAAUACACACAGAUUACAGAAUCUGAGAUAAAAAGCCCCUCUGAUCAUCCGCUGCUUCAUUUCCUUUCUCUAGGAUCAUAUCCACUUCAAUAAAGGCUGAGAUGGACAUUCUUAAAUGCUAUGUUAUCCCUUUUACAGGCUCUAAAUUAAAAAGCUCCAUGCUCUGGAUCAACAUUUGUUGCCUCUAAGAACUUCUCCAUGACCGUUUUCCAUUAACGUGACUGUAGAUCAUAAGACUGUGUCAGAGCAACAUGGGAAAUGUAUUUUGAAGGCUUGUGCAUGUGUAUGUGUGUUUUCUGUGCGUGUGCAACAAUCCCCAGUGAGAUACAAAGCUGUGAUGUGCCUUUGAUCUACACCAUACCACCAAAUACUCCAACAGAGUACCUUUACUGAUUUCUUUGCUAUUUCUACAAAAUUAAUAAUUCUGCUCCGUCUGACAUAAAAACUGCUUUGAUCUUUUUUUAUUAUGUUGAACUCCAGUGAACAAAAAUGCACUUUCUAUUUUACUCACUCCUUAGAACAGUCACAUACUCCUUUUGCUAGGACAUUAAAUGGAGCUUGAAAGUA